AAACCCACAGAACACAGGAUGAAAACCUUCCAAAUUUCUUCCUCCUCUCCCCACCAGAUUUCCAACACACUGCAGUAAAAAUCCAAAAAAUCUUUGAAUUUUCAAUUUAGUCGCCUCUCUUUAGAUCACUCGCUUCCAGAAUAAUUAAUUCUCCAUCCACACCUAUUGGUUUGAAUUGAAAAAAACCCUCAUUUCCUCUCAAACCACGACACCGAGUUAAUCUUUGACCCAGGGUGCAGCCCAGGGAUGUCUCUGUCCAAGUGGAGCAGAAGUCUCAUUUUUGGGAGAUGCCGUAAACUCGCAGCAAAGGCAGAAAAAUGCAAUUCCUGCCGUGACGGGGCAAAAGCUGCUUUUUGCUCUCUGAGCCAUCGUGGUUGGCUCUGAUUUAGAAAAAUCCAAAGGUCACCUCGGUGUCCACUCUGCUGAUCCAGCUCUGGGAAAACACGGGCUGUGCCUUCCAGACCAUCCCAGAGGGACAGCCCUGAAUCCCACCCCUCCAGAUCCAAAACCCCCAAACCUGGGGUUUCUCACCCCAAACAAUUCCUGGAGCUUCCAGCUUCCCCAUGAGCUGCUUGGAGCUGCCAGCAGCUCCCUUCUCAUCCUUUGGUUAAAAAAAACCCACAGGAAAGCACGAGCUGCAUUUUUCCAGGGAAUAUCCUCCCUGCAGCAUCCACCUUGCUCAGCCUGAGGGGUUUUGGGGUCCUGUAGGGUGUGGGAAGGACCUGGUCACCCCUCUGUCACUCACUCAAUUCCCAGGGGUCUCUGGGGACUUUUGGGGGAUCCUUUGCCCAACAGCUGUGAGGAACUGAUAACCCUAAAACCUGGAAGGCAGAACUUCCCCUCUUGCCACUUGUGGUAAGGAGCUCUGCAAAAAAAAACCCCAAAUUUUCUGCCAGCUCGGGGAGCUGAGGGGAAUUCCCUGCAUUUUGGGGGAUUGAAGGCCUCUGGAGCCUCCUGCUCUGAGUCCUUCCCACCGACCACCAGCACCUGGAAAAACGGGAUUUGUUUGGAAUCACAGAAUGGUUUUGUUGGAGGGGACCUUAAAGCCCAGCCCUGCCACGGCCAGGGACACCUUCCACUGUCCCAGGGUGCUCCAAACCCCAUCCAGGCUGGCCUUGGACACUUCCAUCCCUUUCCAGGCUCAGCAGAGCACAACUGAAACUCCUCCUGCUCUUCCCAGAGCUUCAUCCUCCUCACCCUCAGCCCAUCCCUGGGAACAGCCAUGCCCAGCUCUAGACCCACACCAGGAGAGCUGUGCUGAGAUGAGGGGAUGCAUUAACUGGAGGGGAACCUUCAUCCCACUGGGAAAAAGCCCCCAGGAACCUCCCAGCACUGAGUGUGUCCAGGAAGAGCUGAGGAAACGUGGGAAGCGGAGGCUGCGCAAUCCCCUCUCGCAGGCUGGUGAGGACACGCUGGGACAUUUCAUCAUCUCUCACUCAGGAUCAAGCCACUGCUCCCAAAAUCCCUCUUUUAUGGCCCUUGCUGGGCUGUAAAUCUCUGGCUUCCACUGCUGGCGCCUUUGGGGGAAAACAUCCGGCUCCAGCAACCUUUGAUGCUCUGGGAGUGCGUCACUCCUGGAUGCGGGGCUGGCAGAAAAUCCAUUGCAAAAGCAGAACUUGAGGAUUUCGGGGAUUCUGAUGGGUCUUGCUCAAUGUCACCGGAGAGGUCAGAGCCUCUUCCUGCACCCAGAUGUGCCAAGGGCUCCGUUUUGGCUCUGGAUCAGCACGUUUGGCACCCCAGGGAUGGUGGAGGGUGGGCUGGUGCCUGGUGUGGACAUGGAGAUGUCCAGAGGGGAGGGAAUGGUUCUGCCCUUGGGUCCUCCUGGGGUGAUGCUGCCUCUCCUUUCUUCCCUGGAUUUGGGGGUGGCUGGAGGGUUGCAAUCACCCUGGCUGAUAAAAUCCCUGGGGGAAGAAUCACAGCAGCCUUGGGGCUCUGGGAAUUCCCUGUGGGAAGGAGCUCCAGGAGGGAACUUCAUCCCUGCCCAUCCUGGAGGGAUGGGUGAUGUCCCACAUGGAAUGAAGCCCUGGAGAUAAACCUGAGGUUUCCCUGUGGGAUUUCCUUCCAAGGAGGGAAGGGAAAAGCAGCAAAAUAGGGAGGGGACCUGGGGGGAUUCCUGCUCCUCCUCACCCGUCCUGCUGCAAGGAUGAGUCCAGAGCAGGGCAGCAGAGCCAGGGCCAUUGCAAUCCCCUCCACAUGACCCCAGUCAUCCUGCCAAAAUUGUUUUAGGGUGAAACUUCUUUCUUGUGUUUUUGGGUGAAAAUUCUUUCUCGUGUUUUAGGGUGAAAAUUCUUUCCCGUGUUUUGGGGUGAAAAUUCUUUCUGUAUUUCAGGGUGAAAUUUCUUUCUCGUGUUUUAGGGUGAAAAUUCUUUCUCAUAUUUUAGGGUGAAAUUUCUUUCUCGUGUUUUAGGGUGAAAUUUCUUUCUCGUGUUUUAGGGUGAAACUUCUUUCUCGUGUUUUAGGGGGAGAAUUCUUUCUCGUGUUUUAGGGUGAAAAUUCUUUCCCGUGUUUUGGGCUUUGCCUCAGGCAACCCCUGGAGAAAGGGGGUGAGAGAAGCCGGGGCAGGGCUGGAGCCGAGUCCCGCGGAGGAGCGGGGACAAGCAGCCGUAAAUCAGGGGAUUACCGCGGGUUCCUCCCCGGCGGGAGCACAGCUGGAACCCCGGCGCUUGGAUGGAAUUCGGGACAUUCGGGAACGGCCUCGCCUGCCCCGGAGGGACCUGCCCGUUUCCCCACCCCACCGGGAGCUCCUCAUCCCUCUGCUCACGUUUUCUUCUGGUCCAAGCAUCCCUGAGGAGAAGCUGGGAGAGGGGCUGUGAAGUGCUGGCCCCUGGGGGUCGUUCCCACUCUGGAUUUCCCCCUCCCAGCCCCGCUCUGGCCCGGUGCUGCCCGGGCACACGUGGCCCUGCUGGCUCCGUGCCACCGGCGUGCCCGGCUCCAUCCCGGCUGCCUCCGUUUGGGAUGACGUAACCCCGGCCACGGUUGCCUCAGAAGGAUCCAGGAUCAUCGAGCCCAUCCCCCGGCCUCACCUGUCCGGUGGGACAAGGUCCGGUGCGGGUCCUCCACCUGCUCCGGCCGCCGCCUGCCCGCCCCAUCCCCGCUCCGCUGGGAUUUUGGGAAGGGGCGGGAUGGGAAAUCCGUGUUUGGGGUGACUGCCUGCAGCGCUCCCGCCUCGCACAUCAUCCCCUCUCCAUCACCCCGAGGGAGAUUCCCCGAGCCGCGCGAUCCGUGGGGAAAACCGCAGGUAGAAGGGAAAUAUUUGUGUCCCAAAAGGAGAAUUCAAUUUUUUUUUUAUCUCCGCAGCUUCAAACCAGCUUAGACAUCACCCGGCUCCAGCGCUGUCAGAGCUCCUGUUGGAAAUCCCAGCGGAGAGGAGAGAUUCCUGCUGGGAGCUCUCUCCGGCGUCACCCUCGGGGAGGGGGAACGGAGGGCGGGCAAAGUUCGGAUCCUAUAAAGUCAGGUCUGGUCCUCUUCAUUCAUUCCCCUGGUAGCACCGCCGGCAGCAGCACGUCCAGCCUUCGCAGAAGAUUUGGGAGCAAAUCCUGUCCCGAAGCCGCCGGAUUUCUGCGGGAUGCUCAGGGGAGCGAUGCCGAGCGCGCCGCGGGCCGCCCUCACCUGCCUGCGGCUCCUGCUGCUCCUCUCGGCCGCCGAUUCCCGGCCCCACGCGUGGGACCAGGACAGGUUCCAGCUGGAAGCCGUCAAAAAGGAGAUCCUGGAGCGGCUGGGAAUGCCGGCUCCCCCCGCCAUCCGGAGCCAGCUGGACCAGGAGAGCAUCCAGAGAGCGCAGCGGCUCUACCGGCGGAAAGUGGCGGAGCUGGCGGGGAACCGGAGCCGGGAGGAGGAAGAGGAGGAGGAAGAGGAAGCCGUGUCCAGGCUGUAUCGCCUGACCCCCACCUUGCUGCCCUAUCUGGACGUCUCCGAGGGACAUCAGGACUCUCAAGGCCGCCGGGACGCCCAGGGACACCGGGAGCCCCUCGGUCCUUACCGCUACCACCUCCUGCUGUCCCGCACCGCCGAUUUCCACCGGCAGCUCCGCGUGGUGCAGGCGGAGCUGAAACUCCUCAAGCAGCCGCUGUCCCCUCCCGGCUCCUCGGUGCCACCGCGCGUCACCAUCUCCACCCUGCGGGGGGCUGAGGGCACCCCCCAGCUCCUGCACAGCCAAGAGCUGCCGCCGGAUUCCCUCAGCCUGGACCUGACAGGAGCCAUCCAGCCCUGGCUGGCCGGGCCCGAGGCCACGCUGCGCCUGGAGCUGGAAUUCAGCAUCGACAUCUCGGCAGCCCUGGCCACCUCCGGGGGGGAAACGCUGGUGCUGGAGGUGCAAACCCUGGAGAAGCCACCUCGGGCGGCCAGGAGAGCUCGGGGGCUGGAGGAGGAGUGCGGGAAGAGCGAUGGGAAGUGCUGCCUGAAGUCGCUGAAGGUUUCCUUCCAGGACAUCGGCUGGUCGGACUGGGUGAUCGCCCCCAACAGCUACUACAUGAGGUUCUGCGAGGGUUCCUGCCCCCACAACUACAAACCGGCCAGCAUGCAUGCCCAGAUCCAAUCCAGGGUGCACUCCCUGUCCAAGGCUGCCCCUCCACCCUGCUGUGUCCCCGCUGGCUACGACCCCAUGGUGCUGAUGCACCUGGACAGCCAGGGCAGGCUGGUGUCCAGCCUCUUCGAGGACAUGCUGGUCACCAGGUGUCACUGUGCCUGACAGCUCCAGCUUUGCCCAUCGAGGUGGGGCAAAGCCAUCCCGACUCCUUGCAGCUGCAGCAUCCCAAAAUCCAGAUCCUGUGGCACCAAGUGACUCCAGACCUGGAUCCACCACCGAGCUCAGCCAAGGCAUCUCCAGCAUCACCAUCCCAAAAUCCAGGUCCUGUGGCACCAAGUGACUCCACACCAGCCCUGGAUCCACCACCGAGCUCAGCCAAGGCAUCUCCAGCAUCACCAUCCCAAAAUCCAGGUCCUGUGGCACCAAGUGACUCCAGACCUGGAUCCACCACUGAGCUCAGCCAAGGGAUCUCCAGCAUCACCAUCCCAAAAUCCAGGUCCUGUGGCACCAAGUGACUCCACACCAGACCUCGCUCUGCUUCAGCCCUGGGGUCUCCAGCUCAGCCCCCCAGCUCAGCCCCAGCACCUCCAGCUGUGACCUCUCUCCCAAAAUAACUUAUUCCCCUGUCUCCUCUCUAAUUUAAAUCCAUUUUUGAUUGAGCAGGUGGAUCCUUCCCACCCAGGAGACCCCGGAUGGGCUGGGCUGGCUCCGUGCCCAGGUGUCCAUAUCCCACUCCAAACCCUCUUCUCUGCUCAGAGACUUAUUUAUGCAACCCAGUUAUUUAUUUCUAACUUAUUGUAUUUUAUAGCUAAAUAUCCUUUUUUUUUUGGGGGGGGGGGGAAUAGGAAAAGAUUUUUGUGGUUUUCUAUUUUAUAUAUUUCUAUAAAACCAGAAGGAUGUAACGAUAAUGAAUAAAGAGAUUGUAACUGGGAUUCUGGCUGCUCCUCCUGCACACCUGGGGGGGCUCUGACAGGACCCUCAGCCCCCCUGGGAUCUGCCUCCACAUAGAUUUGCUGGUAAAUCCUCAGGGAUUUCCAGUGCCAGCGUGUGAGUAAUGCCUGGGCACAGCUCCCAGAGACCUUUGAGUUGUUUGUGUCCUUGGGAAGGGCACCGGGCACUGCUCUGACCCCUGGGGGUGACGUCCAGCUGGGAGGUGACCAUUGCCCCAUUUCCAGGUGCCUCCAGCCCUGGGACCCCUCCGGGCACCAAAGGGAUGGGGGGAACCCCCCUGGGAGCUUGGUGGCACACACCGUGUCCCCAAGGUGUCCCCAUGGCUCGGUGGGGUGGCUCUGCUGGUCACAGCUCCUCUCUGUCCCCUCUUCCAGUGUGAUCUGGGGCUGUCCUGGGCUCAGCAGCUCCUGCUUGGGGCAGGUGGAAUGUGGGAUCUCUGCUCUGGGGUGGGGAAUUUGGGGACCAGGGACUGAGGGAUGCCAGCUGAGAUGGCCUCUCUGGGGACAGGAACAGGAGAGACCUGGCUUCUGGUCCCUUGGGGCCCCCACUUUGGGGACACGAGCUCUGGGCACCUACUCCUGAGGGUCUGCUCCCUUGGGACCCCCACUCUGGGGGGACAGACUCUGGGAACCCCCAGGAACACCCCAUGUCCUGCCCA